AUGGCCAAAGGCGGCAAGGCGGGCGGCGGCGAGAACAGCAAGAAGGCCCAAGGCCAGGCGCGCAAGGCCGAGGCUGCCGCUGGCAAGAAGGAGGCCGAAGGCAGAGUGAAGGCUGCUGCUGAGGAUGCCGAAUGGUCAAAGGGUUCUAAGAGCAACUCCAAGGCUGAAGCUGCAGCGGCCAAGAAGGCUGAGGCCGAUCGCAAGAAGGCUGAGAAGGACGCCCUGCUGCGCGAGGAAGAGGCCUCGUUGCCCGCCAAGGGCCCUUCAAAGAACAAGACUGCGCAGAAGAAGACGCGCGCUGGCGGUCUCGACGAUGCUCUCGGUGCCUUAGACGCUCCCGCCAAGAAGGGUCCCACUCUCAACGCCACCGGUAUCGACAACGCGCUCGAUGCGCUUUCCCUCGGCACCGGCAAGAGCGACGACAAGGUUGACAGGCACCCGGAGCGUCGCUUCAAGGCGGCGUAUGCGGCUUACGAGGAGCAAAGGCUGGAGGAGAUGAAGGACGAGAAGGGCCUGCGCCGGAAUCAGAAGAUCGAUCAGAUCCGCAAGGAAUUCGAGAAGCACCCCGACAACCCGUUCAACCAAGUCAGCGCCAAGUACAACUCGACGCGCGAGGAGAUUUCAGGCAUCAAGGCGGCGGAGAAGACCAAGGUGGAGAACCGCCUCGCCGAAAAGUCGUGA